AAAAUAAUUAAUUUUUUAAUAUAUAAAGACGGGGUUUCACCAUACUGACCAGCGUGGUCUUGAACUCCUGACCUCAGGUGAUCCACUCGCCUUGGCCUCCCAAAGUGCUGGGAUUACAGGCAUGAGCCCCUGCGCCCGGCCUUUCUUACCUCUCUAAACUGAAGAGCCAAGAGUUGUGUCUGUUUCUGCCCUUAGCAUUAAUGGAAUCGUGCAGUCUAUUUUCCUCUGUUUCUUGCUGUUUUUGCCCCGUGUCAUCUGGGGGGGGUGUUCCGUGUUGCUCUGGGUAGCUAGAGUUAGCCCUUUUUGUUUUUGUGUUUUUUUUGAGAUGGAGUUUCGCUCUUGUUACCCAGGCUGGAGUGCAAUGGUGCGAUCUCGGCUCACCUCAACCUCCACCUCCUGGGUUCAAGCAAUUCUCCUACCUCAGCCUCCCGAGUAGCUGGGACUAUAGGCACGCACCACCAUGCCCAGCUAAUUUUUUGUAUUUUUAGUAGAGACGGGGUUUCACCUUGUUGACCAGGAUGGUCUUGAUCUCUUGACCUUGUGAUCCACCUGCCUCGGCCUCCCAAAGUGCUGGGAUUACAGGCGUGAGCCACCGCGCCUGGCCUGGAGUUAGCUCUUUUUGUUGCUGGGUAGCACUCCGUUGUCUGAAGGGUCCACAGCUUAUUUCUCCAUUUUACUGAGGAUUGGACAUUUGGGUUGUUUUCUGUUUUCUGCUCUCAUGAAUGUCUUCUCCUGUGUAUUUCUUUAGGUUACGUAAGAUUUCUUUAGGGUAGUUAAGAGGAGUAUAUUCUUUCUGACUGCCCUACCAGAAAAAAAGAAAACAAAAGAGUAAUAUGCCAGCUCAUAGGAAAGGUGACCACAUAAUUACUCACUCAGGAUGUUUGUCUGAGAGUCAGAGAGGGCACUGUGAGCACUUGCUGCAUAAUGGUCAGAACUGGGCCUGCCCUGGGCACGCUGCCCUGCCAUAGAGUCUGCACAUCCACACAACGCAAGACCACAGAACAGUCCUGCCCACUUGCGCUCCCACCAGCACAGUAUAAGAAAGCAGAGAUAGACAUCCUGGCUGCAGAGUACAUCUCCACAGUGAAGACGUUGUCUCCAGACCAGCGCGUAGAGCGCCUGCAGAAGAUCCAGAACGCCUACAGCAAGUGCAAGGAAUACAGCGAUGACAAAGUGCAGCUGGCCAUGCAGACCUAUGAGAUGGUGGAUAAACACAUUCGAAGGCUUGAUGCAGACCUGGCACGCUUUGAGGCCGACCUGAAGGACAAGAUGGAGGGCAGUGACUUUGAAGGCUCCGGAGGGCGAGGACUAAAAAGCAAGUCUGUUCAUUUUUUCUCUAUUACUGUUAACUGUGGAGUUGUGGAGUUUUGUCACUGUGGCGAGUCACUAACUUACGAUCGCGAUGAAGGCCGGGGUCAGAAAGAAAAAAGAGCAUCCCGGGGCCGAGGCAGGAGGACAUCAGAGGAAGACACACCAAAGAAAAAGAAGCAUAAAGGAGGGUCUGAGUUCACUGAUGCCAUCCUGUCCGUGCACCCGUCCGACGUGCUAGACAUGCCUGUGGACCCCAACGAACCCACCUACUGCCUGUGCCACCAGGUCUCCUAUGGGGAGAUGAUCGGCUGUGACAAUCCAGACUGUCCGAUUGAGUGGUUUCACUUUGCCUGCGUGGACCUCACCACGAAACCCAAAGGGAAAUGGUUCUGUCCACGGUGUGUCCAGGAAAAGAGGAAGAAGAAGUAGGAGGAGCCGCGUGCCCGGAUCCAAGGAGCAAGUUAAUCUAUUCCUUCACUCGUGUUGCAAUAUUUCCCUUCAUUUUAAAACUACCUUGUUCGGUUGACAUUUAGUAACUCAACGUCCAGUUGAAAUUCUGGAUGUUUCCUAAAACAACCCACCAAACCCUGUCCGCACAGAAGGGUGACUUGCGGGGACUCGCCGCCGUGACGUGAGUGUGGCUUUUACAGGACUUCCCCUGAGCAUCAGCAGGGAGCCUGAGCGGCCGUGGACGGGUGCGCGUGAGCUCGGGCUGCCAGGCGAGGCAUGCGGGCAGGGGAGACGCCGUCCCCUGGGCCACAGCCACCCUGGCAUCUCCUUCCUGUGGUUUUCUAGGACUGUUUGGUACAGCCUGAGCUCCGUGUGCCCCACCACCCCUGGAGCACGGCCGCCUGAGACGCAUGUGGGCCAGUGCCGUGGCGGCUGGUACCUCCUCACACUCACCUCCACGCUGGAUCUGGCCACUGCGGCUCCUGUUUGGGGCACCGCUGACAGGCCCGGGAGGGCUGGGGGCUCUUCCCUGGAGGAAGUGGCCUCCGCUUCACUGUGCUCUGCCUUUUUAGCUUGGACUUCAGUCCUCCUCCCUCGGGGGGUUCACCUCUGGAGUAAAUGGCUCGUCAUUAGCUUGGAUUAGCGGUGGGUCCUGUGACCAGCACCCACAAGACACUGCACAACAGCUGGGCUGACGUUCCGUUUCUCUGGGAAUUUGUGACGUUUUUACUGUGAAGAUGAAAUUAUCGUAAUAGCAUGAAGAUCGUGGGUCUGUGUGUCUGUGAAGUGAGUCCCGUCUGCCAGGAGCUGAUGAACCACGAAUGUCCCUGCUUGCGCUGUGCGUUCCCUGGCCCGCAGCUCCCGUCCAAGGGGACUCCGAUGUGAAUUUGUUGUGAAUGUAUUGUGCCACAAUAGCAGUUCUGGAAUGAAGCUAGGAAACUUGUGUGCUUUUUGUUGAAUCAGUGCUUACCAAGCUGAGCCGGAGCCACGUUUGCAGUGGUAGCUGGGGAGGGCCGCGCAGAUUUGCUCUGUUGUGGCGCGUUGGUGAUGGUGCCACUAGUGUGUGGUUCCCAGCAGCAUCACAGGCUCUCGGAAAUCCUCUCCUGUGCGUUUAGAGGAAGGAGGGGAUUCCUGAGGAAUGCAGGGAAGCCUGUUUCUGCCCUCACACCACAGAAAGAAACUUGAGGGGAAACUGAGGCGUGAGGUUCCCAGUUUAAGAAAAGCCUGGUUUUCUUCGUAGUGGGGAGUCAUUACGAGUGAUGGCCUCACUUCCUUCUGUGGCUACGUCUAGAUCUUUUCCUCCUGGGUUUUUUUUUUUUUUUUUUUUUUUUUUGUGACAGAAUCUCACUGUGUCACCAGGCUGGAGCGCUGUGGCACGAUCUCGGCUCACUGCAACCUCCACCUCCUGGGUUCAAUCGAUUCUCCUGCCUCAGCCUCCUGAGUAGCUGGGAUUACAGGCACGCGCCACCACACCCUGCUAAUUUUUAUAUAUUUCUUUCAACUUUUUUUUUUUUGAGAUGGUGUCUCGCUGUGUUGCCCAGGCUGGAGCGCAGUGGCUCUUCACCGGCACGAUCCCACUACUGAUCAACACGGGAGUUUUGACCUGCUCCGAUUCCGACCUGGGCCAGUUCAGCCAUCCUUAGGCAACCUGGUGGCUCCCGGGAGGUCACCAUCUUGAUACCAAACUUAGUGCAGACGUCUGAUCGGCAUAGCGCACUACAGCCCAGAACUCCUGGGCUCAAGCGAUCCUCCCGCCUCAGCUUCCUGAAUAGCUGGGACUACAGGACACACCACUGCGCCUAAUUUUUAUAUUUUUUAGUAGAGACGGGGUUUCACCAUGUUGGCCAGGUUGGUGAUGAUCUCUUGACCUUGUGAUCUGCCUGCCUUGGCCUCCAAAGUGCUGGGCUUGCAGGCGUGAGCCACCACACCCUUUUCGUCCUGUUUUUAAUGUUUUACUGAGGAGAGGAAAUCCAGCAGAAAGGAACUUGUGAAGCUCUGUGUCUCAGACGGGGCCCUCCCCACAAGAAGCUAGUGGUCCGUGAAUGAAAACAAGAACACCCUGGAACAUUCCUGGUUGGGGCUGCGACACAUUCAUGUGCUGCAGUUCUUGAGCCAAACCGAUGUUUCUUGGCUGCCUGUCUUUUCUGGGAGCCGGCCGAGGGUGUGGGGCAGUAGGUGGGAGUGGACCCUCCAGGUGCGGGUGCAGGCAGACGGUCGGCCAUGCUGCUGCUCCUCGUCCCAUCAGCUUCUGGGCUUUACGAGCUCCCUCUGAGCUGCUGCCUUCCUGCAGCUCAGAAGGAAAAUGGUCGGAGAGGGCCGGCUGCACCACUUCACACGCUCAGCCACGGCUGUGAAACAAGAUGUGUGGUUUUCGUUGUAUUUUUUCUUCUGGGGACGGAGUUUCGCUUAGUUGCCCAGGCUGGAGUGCAGUGGUGCAAUCUCGGCUCACUGCAGCCUCCACCUUCCGGCCUCAAAUGAUCCUCCCACGUCAGCCUCCCGAGUAGCUGGGAUUACAGGCAUGUAACAUCAGGCCCAGCUAAUUUUUGUAGUUUUAGUAGAGACCAUGUUGGCAAGGAUGGUCUCGAUCUCUUGACCUCGUGAUCCACCCGCCUCGGCCUCCCAAAGUGCUGGGAUUACAGGCAUGAGCCACCCUGCCUGGUCAAUUUUUGUAUUUUUAGGAGAAAUGGAGUUUCACCAUGUUGGCCAGGCUGAUCUCGAACUCCUCACCUGAAGGGAUCCAUCCAUCUCAGCCUCCCUCCCAAAGUGCUGGGAUCACAGGAGUGGGCCACUGUGCCCUGCUAACACAGAUAUUUAAUGAUCAUGGAGAGUACAUUGUGCAUAUCUCUCUCUUUUACCAUUUUUGUGAAGAGGGAUACGUAAGUUCAGGGAGUCUGUGCUAAAACAGUGCUUGGCAAUUUUUCAAAAGUGAAUUUGAUAUUUGUGCUCCACCUUUGAGAUGUUCACGCCCAUGGCUCCCCCUGGAAGGAGCUAGGCUGGUUGGUGCCAGCUCUUAGCCUUCUGCCUUCCCAGGGAAUAUGACUACUGGCUUCCUUCUCUGUGGGAAGCUUUUGUCUAACACGUGAUGAUGUGGGCCUACCUGCCACUGUGCACCAUCCCGGGCACUGAAUUUUGACCUUUUCUUUAAGUCUCUGUGCUUAUGUGUUUUUCAUGUUUACUUUUGCCACUUACAAUAUCACCAAAAUAAUAUGCAUAGGGUUUUGGAAGAAACACAGAAACAUGCACAGAAGGGGACAAUUCCUUGGCCCGUAGUUUGGACCCUGACUGAACCCUGAGUGCUCUGUGGCUGAUGCUGUGCCUACCCAUAGGAGACACACACUCAGGAGUGGCUGGCCAGAAAAGAAGGUCAUGGCCCCUGGCCUGGCCCCAGCCCUGCAGGGACACAGGAGCCACACAUUUGCACCAUCCACACCUUGCUCCGAAGGCCUGGCCACCUUCUCCCUGGGGUGAUUCGGGGAUUUAUUCUUGGACCAGACCCCCCUCCACAGCUGCCCGGCUCCAGACCCAUCUCAUGGAUUGAGGGUGUCUGGGCUGGACCCCGUGAGUCACUCUGGCAGCUUCAUCUGAGCCGAAGGUGGGUCCUCUGUGGCUGUGCGACUGACCUCCAAGGGAAGGAGCGUUCUGCCCAUUUUCCUUGUUUCCAGUGCUGCUCUAUCAGUCAGCGAUCUGAGGAAAUCCUCUAGUUUUCCUGUAGGGGAAGGCAGGCUGCGUUGAAACCAGGAGCAGCUGGGGAAACAGCCCUCCGCAUCUGUGAAUGUGCCCCAGGUGCUGCUGCUGGGGAUGUGGAUGCCAGGCGGAGGCCUGUGUGGCCACCUGAGCAGGCUGCCUAUCUCAAGCUGGGUGGGACCCCUGGACGGGUGGUCACGAGACCACUGUUGGCCAGGGCCAUGGGGGUGGGUUUUUCCAGUCCGCCUGGAGCAACGAGAAGCAGCUGUGUAGAUGGGUGGUGGUGGGAGCAUUUCCCAGGCUGGAUGGGAACAGCGGCCAGCUCGUCUUCUGUCUGGCAGCCCUGCCACACUUGACCUCCUGUCCUGCCCUGGAGUCCUGGCUGGGGCUGCUUUGAGCAAUAACACUGGCCUAGAGCGGCUUCCCACAUGGCCACAGAGCCAAGGCUGGUCUUGAACUCCUGUCUUGGGUUAGGUCUUCAUGAUUUAGAAUAAAAAAAGCAGUGAGGGAUAUUUAUUUUGGGCAUUGAAGACAAGGUUUUCCUAAAUUUUUAGUGAGCAGUGAUUGGCCUUCACUACCUGUGCUGAGAGGAAUUUUAAGCCAGGGGAAGUGUCAGAAAAUGUUCCCAUUCGGGAGAGACUUUACUGAGGUUUCCUUCUUCCUCUGUAUGUAUUUUAUGGCGUUCACUCUGAACCACAUUUCAUCCAAAAAGAUGACGCAGCUUUAACAGGAAUGUUACAUUUUAUUUUCGAGGAAUUAUUAUCUAUGUUCUCUUUGUAAAGGAAAGAUACUAUUGUAAAUCUUUUUAUUAAAUAAUGUAAAGAUGUAUAUCUGUAUUUUUGGAUCAUGUCAUAGAUUAUGGAUAUAUUGUUUAAUAAAUAAAAGUAUUUUUUGGAACAAA